AAGUAAUUGAAAGAUAUAAAAAAAUUAUAUUAUGAUUACAGCUCUUGAUCAUAGCAUUUUCUAUGCCGAUUGAUGCAUGUGAAUAGUUUACAAUCUAUAUUGGUCUUUAUUAUUCUCCAGAAAUACUAAUCGGCUAAAUAAUCUACACAUUGAGAUUCAUAAACAUGCCUGAAUUAACGGAAUUAGACAAGGCAGCGAGUUCUGAUCCUACAAAAGUAGAAGUAGUAGCUGCUGGAUCUGGAACAGAUUCCGAUUCUGAUGAAUCUAUUCCUGAUUUAGAAGAUACAAAUGCUGGAGGUGGUGGCUUUUCUGGUACUAAUGUUAGCGGAUUACCAAUUGAUGUAAUAUCUAAAGCUAAACAAAGUAGAAGUGAAAAGAAAGCGAGAAAAUUAAUGAGUAAAUUAGGGCUCAAGUUGGUGCAGGGUGUCAACAGAGUUACGAUCAGAAAAUCUAAAAAUAUUCUUUUCGUCAUUAAUAAACCAGAUGUCCUUAAAAAUCCAGCUUCUGACACAUAUAUUAUUUUUGGUGAAGCUAAAAUCGAGGACUUGAGUCAACAAGCACAAGUUGCUGCUGCUGAAAAGUUCAAAGAACCUCCAGUUAUUUCAACUGCUGAAGCAGGAGGAAGUACAACUGUUGUUGCACCUAUACAAGAAGAAUCUGAAGAAGAAGUUGAUGAAUCUGGUGUUGAAGAAAAAGAUGUUGAACUGGUCAUGGCACAAGCCAAUGUCUCUCGAGGGAAAGCUAUCAAAGCACUCAAGAACAAUCAAAAUGACAUUGUCAAUGCUAUUAUGGAGUUAACAAUGUGAUAGAAUGACAAAGAAGAAAUGUUUUUCAGAAAAAGUCAUAAUAUACUUUCAUUUAAUAUUUAAACUUUUUCGUAUAAUUAAUUCAUCAUACAGUUAGGAAAAAAUUUUUAACAAGUGAAUAAAAAUUAUAAGUAUUAAAUAAUUAAAAUCGUUUCUUUCGCGUUUACCUACAUGUAUAUACAAAACUUACACUAAAUAAAUAUCGUAUGACGGA